AUGGAUCCUGGCGUUGUCGGCGCCGCCAAGCUAACAAAAGAGGACAUCGAAAAAGUUUUCUCACUGUACGAUCGGGAUAAUAGUGGCUCAAUAGAAAACGAAGAGCUUAAAGGAUUUCUGAAGGAUCUGCUUGAGUUGGUGAAGAAGGAUGACUAUGAUGCUCAAGAUUUGAAGGCCUUCGAGGAGACCAUAUUGCGUGGCGUAGGUUACGAUAAGGAUGGUAAAAUCUCACGCAAAGAACUGACAAUGAUUCUGCUGACUUUAGCCAAAAUGCCACCAGAGGAUGAACAAUAAAUUUUUAGCGCACACAACACUAACAGCAACAACAACAACAUAACAAAUAAAAAGAAUUUGUCAAAUAAAAAAAUUUGAAUGUAGUGUGAAAAUAAAAUAUAAAACUUAACUAAUGUUAAAAUAUUGAAGUAUUAGCAGUUGAAAUGAAGGGAAUAGAAAAAAGAAUAGUAAAAUCCAUGAAGUAUUAGGGAAAACGGUGAAGAAUGAGCAGAAAGGGAUAAAAGCCAGAAAAUUGCGAAAAAUCACACGCAACCACAUUUUUUAUAGCUUGUGGCACGCGAUAAGGAAAAAAUGGCUAAAAAACAAUUAUAAUAAAUUAAAAAAUAUAUAUAUAUUUAAUUGUAUGAAAAUGCAAUUGUUGGAUUGUUGUAUUCAAAAAAAUGAUUAUUUGCAUAAAAAAACAAAAACAUUGAACAACUAAAUUAAUUAAUUUAAAAAACAAAUAAAAUCAUAACCUUUAAGUAUGAAAUUGAGAAUUAAUUGCACGUCGAGACGCAAAAAUAUUGAACGAGAUCCAAAUAAAUUUCGUGCGACAAAGCGACACAAACAAACCACACAAGAAUACAACAAUAAAACAUUCAUCGAGGGAAAUUAAUUACUUUAAAAUGCUGCCGAUGCAAAGCAGUCAAUGGAAUAUAUUUAGAAUAUUAAAACCGAAGCAAGUGAUGCAAAAGAAAUAUGAAAUAAUAACAUAAAGUGAAUGUGUAAUUUAAAGGCAUUAAAAUUUUAAACAAUAUCAAGUGUCAAAUUUGGAGGCUAAGCGAUAACAUUCAAAAAUAUAAAAACGAACAAAUAAGUGUAUAAAAUAACAAACAAAAUUUGAGUACAUUGAUUUGAAGCAUUUUUCCGUUGUUUUAAACAGGAACUCAACCAGUCACCAAUUUAGUAUUAGUAAUGGAUAUUUUCGAGUUCGAAUGGUGAAUGGGAAUUUUUUUGCAAGUUAUAAAAUUAUUAAUUUUAUUUAUAAAGCAGCAUUGACACACAUUGAGAACAUUAAAUUUUUAUUAAAUAUAUUUUAUAAUUAGUUGAAAAUAAUUAAAAUUGUUUCUAAAAUUCGAUUUUAGUAUGCUUAUGGACCCCAUAUUUUAACUCCAUCCACAUGCACUACAUUUAUAAUUACCAGGAACCUGCAAAUGUGUGGCGCGCAGAUUAAAAAAAAUAGCAAAAGAAAUUUUGAAUAAAAUAACCGAACAAAAAACCAGCCAAUAAAUGUGUAUGUCCUAGCGAGAAAAUAAAUAAACAUCGAUUUUAUUAAUUGUAUUAAACAAAUUAAAAACUUAUAUUGUAUUUGCAAACAAUUUAUAUGUAUGUAUUUUAAUGUGUAUUAGUUUAUACAUAAAUAUUUUAUAAUUCAUACAAAUGAUAUUUAUGAGUAUUAUAGCAUGACAUGUGGCAUAUGUAUGAGUAACGAAAUUUUUAGAUAUGUAUGUUAGUUUGUUGAAAGAAAUAAAAAUGGAAAUAAAAAUAAAAAUAAAAGAAAAUAAUACAAAAAGUCAAAAAUAUAUUUAAAAAAAAUUGUAUUAAUGUACCAACUUAUCCUUAUUUACUCUGCUAAUGACAUCCGACUUCGUAAAAAGCAAAAUGCGAAAAACUAAAAUGAAUUUAAAAACAAAAUCUCAUACACACAUAACUACUUUCAGAUUCAGCAUAGUUGAGAAGCAUUUUAAAAUAUAUUUUUUUCAUAAAAGUUUAAGUAUUUUGAUGUUCUAUUGUGUACCUGUCAUUGUAAGAUACACUUGGCUAAAAAAUUGAUGUGGAUAUUCACACUUGAGUAUCGCAAGCAAGCAAAAACACUGACCGAAAGUGCGAUCAGCAUGAAUUCUAUAGAAAAGUAAAUUGCCAAUAUUUCGAAACUCAAUUAGUAGAUGAUUUGAAAUUGACUAUAUAAAAGAGAAUAUAUUUGAAUAAAAUUGGUAUGGAGCGUUAAUAUUUUUCCAAAAUUUUUUUGCUUUCCUCUAAACCAUUACCAGUUAGCAAUCUACACAAGUGAGAAAAAAAAAAUGAGCUGAUUGUGAAAUUCAUCCACAACAGAGGUUAAUUGAUUUCUGAAGGCCGGUUUUCACGUGGCACAGUAUUAAACAUCAAUAAAAUUUAACAGAGUGGAAAAUUCCAAAAUUGGUUAAGUUAGGUAUUAGUGAUAUUUCGCGACCUUCGCUUUGUUGCAAGUCUUUGAAACCCAUAUUAAUGUGAACAUGAUUUAGUAACUGUCGCAUUUACACGCCCAAGAGGAAAGUGGUAGAAGUUGCCUUACUUAUAGGCCUAUACAUGGAUAUGAUAUUUCAAAUAAGUAACUAAAAAUAUGAAGUAAUAUCGAUAAAAACUACUACUUCUAAUUGAGCAGGAAUUUGAACACUUCACUUGCCCUUCACCACUACUUCAAUGCAACAAUUACGAGCUAAGGCAUUCCAGUUAACGGUAUUUACAUUUUUCCUAAUAUGCUUUGAGCUUUUUAGAAGGUAUUUUUCUACUAUUCAACAUCUCUAAAUAUUUUUUAAUGCUUUUUUGAUUCAGAAUGCGGGGUCCUCUUGAUUGGGUAAGAGCAUUUCAAUUCUUCUCAGAAUGCUUUGAGCUUGAUUCUCUCUCUCUCUCUCUCUUAGCUUCACAGUCUGUGGUGGACCAUAGAAUCAUCAACAAUCCUCCUCAAAUGCAGUCUCUAUCUUGCCUCAUUUCUCCAAUUAUGAACGUUCAUCGCCAUUUCUUUCCUGACCGGCCUCUCUUUCUUCCUCCAAUUGGACGCAAAGUAAACACCCUUUGUUGAUUCUUUCGUUGAGCUUGAAUAGAUUAGAAAAUAUGUUUCUACUAUUCAACAUUUUUAAGUAUUUUUUAAUGCUUUUUUGAUUCACAAUGGGAGUUAUUCUUGAUUACAAAGAUGAUAUUUCAUGGUAAAUGAAGCUGCAGUUUACUAGUUUAAUGGUUGCGGAUUGAUGCAUAGAAAGGAAGGCAUAAUUAGUGCGGCAUCUAAAAUAUAUUAAAAUUUUACAAAUUCCUCAAAAGUAUUCUUCGAACACGCAUAAAACAACAAAUAUUCAAGCAAUUAACUGACCCUUUUGCAAUCCGCUUCAGUUAGUAGCAACUCAAACACUAAGUAAACUUCUUCAAUUAAACUUUUGACUUGCAAAAUUUAACAAAAGUAAUUUUCCAAGCAUCCUCAAACCCACUAAACAACAAUAUUGGCUAAGUUUUUGAUGUCGCUCAUCAAACUGAACCAAUUUGUUAGACUCCCAUCAAAAAAUCUAACCCACAAAAUGUAACAAUUUGAUUGAAGUUGAUUUGCUUUUCGACAUCCGGCACAUGCUCGUAUCCACUUAACAAUAACUUUUAACAUAAAAAAGUACCCAACUAGUAGACUGCGACACUGAUUUGCCUCGUUACAAAGUGCCCGACAAGGAGAUGAGAUUGAGCAGAGAGCGCAUGAACGAAAACAAGAAAGCGGCGAUGAGUAGAGUACUCACGUACACUCAAGCAAACGAGCUAACGGCACUGAUGUGAUAUUUCAUUUAAGUGAUGAUGUUGCAAUGAUGAAGCUGAUGAUGCUGAUGAUGAUGACAUGAGCCAUAAAUGCAAAUCAAUACUAGAAGAAAUUUAAAAACGAUGUCAAAAUCGACAGCAAGGUUGGAUAAAUAGAUUUUUAAUGAGUCAGACAAAAGGAUUGCGGAUGCAGACAAAAAAACACAAACACAAACAAUAGAGCGACAAACGUAGAUGCCAAUAACGAAAUGCAUGCCAUUUGUUGUUGUGACAGAUGGUGUACUUGCCGGUGACCUCAUUACCGGACAAGUUUGCUGGCGGAGGAGAGGGUAACCGAUACCGUUACAGGUGUGGUGUAUUAACAGGCAAUAACCAGCGCACUGCUGCCGGUGGCUACUCAAUCAUCAUCAGCGCGCACAUAUUUUGUAGGAGCAAAAAAAAUUGAGUAAGUGGAGAAUUUAUGCAAAUGCUGCCGGUUGGCUAAACAGUUAACUAGGUGCUUGAUUGACAUACGCCGCCGCUGAUGCUAUUGGCACGAUAACCAUGGCAACCUGAAAGCAUAAAUGCAAUUGAUGCGAUAUUGAAGAGUCCGUUAUGCAGCCAACUGUUGUUGUGUAAUGGUGUACUAACAGCGUUUAAUUUCACUUCAAGUUGUAUGGUAUGGUAAUGUGCGCACAGCACUUGAGUUUGUAAGAAUCAUGACUAAGUUGUUUUAGAGCUAAACACUUGAGAAAGGUAGAAAAAUGUAUAGUUAUGAGUUAGAAAAAUGUAAACGUAGAAUGACAAUUCAAAGUGAAGAUCAACGCAGGUAAUGCUAAGUACUUAAUAUUAAUGCAAUGCUUCCCUACACACAAAUCACAUUAAUAACAAAUACAUAAGGUUAAUGCAUAGUGACUUUAAAUGACUCCAGCUGAUGGUUCAAGAAGCCAACAUAGCCAUUUUAUUACUACAAAAACUGGCACACUCACAUUUUAUGCUACCAUUUGCUAAGUAAAACUAUUGAGCGAGAGAAAGCUACCUUAAAGUAAUUUAAAACAAACAAUACAAUUUACAAAAUUAGCUAAAUUUAGCUAUAGUUAAAACCAAAAAACGAAAAAACAAAAAAGAAAACUAUUUGAAUUUUUGUGCAAGUCUAUACAUGUUGAUAGGUAUACAUUCAUAUAUAAAAGAUAAAAAUAAAAGGGAAUUCGAAAAACACUUAACUAUAACUAAAAUGUUGUUUACUAUUAAACAAAAACUAGUUAAAUCUAUGAAAAUGGGCACUUUAAAUAAAAAUGUUUACAAUAUGAAUUGCGUGACAAAAACAACAAGUACAUAUUCACAAAAUAAAUAGAUAAUGUUGAAAAUAAACAACAACUUUCCAAAACUAAACUAAUGCCUCCAAAAUACAAAAAUAUAGAAAACUUGUAAAACUUAUAAAUGUUAAUGCUAUAACAAAACAUGCUAUUUUAUCUAAAAAAAGCUAAUAAUGACGCUAUAAAAUUAAAGAGUAAGAUAUAAUAUUUACAUACUUAUAUAUAACUAUGAAAAUAAUUUGAACUACUGCACUUAAGUAAAAUUAACUGAAAUAAGCAGCCAUUUAAAAAGUUGCCACUUCGCAUUAAAAAAAUUUAAAUAAUCUAUAAUUCCUCAGUUGUUAUUUCUUUUCAUAAAAAACCCAUAAAAAUCACAAUUAACAAGUUUUUACGCUACAGCUGUCAAUAAGCUAAUGAAAAACAAAACUAACCUAACUUAUACAUAUGUAAACUUAAAUUGUAAAAGUAAAUUGGAACUGUAUCUCUAACGGUGCUAUCUAUCAUCUUAACAGCAAAGAUAUGUUUCAAACUAUUAAACUCACACCGACAUAUGUACGUCUGAUUUCGACUUAGCUUGCUAACGCAAAUGCAAUAACUAAAAUGACGGCAUGCCGAUGUCCUGUCAUGCAGCCUCAUUGCAUGUGCUGCCCCCACCCAGUGUGCCUUGAGCACUGCAUGCGAACUUUGAAAGAGCUUGCGCAUAUUUUUAAUUGAUCCCAAACUAGUUUAAACUACAACAAAUUGUAGCUAACCGCAAUUGAAAUUGUUCACAAACGAUAGGAAGCGGAAAUUAGGCGCAGCUUGCACUUAACUUUCUACAGCAAGGUGGCAGGCAGGCAGACAUACACAAAUAGGGAUGGCACGAUGCGCGCGCAAUCGAUAAUUUAGCUUUGCGCUAAGUCAAAUGAGGGCACAAAAACAUGUAUGCAUCUCGUUAUGCAUUUGAAAUUCGUAGUAGAUAUUUUAUUUAACAUAUUUUUAUGUACUCUUCAAAGUCACAUCAUCAAAGCCACAUUUUGCUAAACUUUACAAAUAUAUAUUGCGUCAUACUUUAAAAAUAUGCUAUCCGCUAUUGAACUUUUUAAUUAACGUAGUAAAACACCUUAGACUAAAUUUUAUUACAAUCGAAAACAAUUAACUUUGCACCGCUAAAAUAUAAUAUGCAUAUAUACAUUCAAUUAAUCUAAACGAAAUCUCAAAAAUUUUACCUGACAUUGAAAUGUUCUGAAAUUGGUAAAAAAUAUGCCCUGAUAAACUAAUAAAUUAAAACUAUAACACGUAUGCAUUGGAAGAACCACAAAAAGCCAAAUAAGCGCUGCUAAAAAAUAUAAAAAUCUUAAGUAAAAGAAGUAUGAUUAUAUAAAUAAAUAAAUGUAUGUGCUACAAAUAAUAAAUAACAAAACAAAUGCUGAAUUCGCUGAUAUGUUGUGAAUGUACGAAAACACAAUUAUGCCACAACUAAUAAAUAUAUAAAACUAAAUUUAUGUAAACAAUAAAACAUACAAUUUAAAUUUAAAUAAAAGAAACCAAAACUAAACA